UCCGAGAAGAUGCAUGCGGAAGCUGAUGCCAAGAAAGGUUCCAUUAUGGGGCUCCUUUCUUUAGAUUUUCUAAAUGACGUUCGGCGGAUGAACAAACGCCAGCUAUAUUAUCAAGUGCUUAACUUUGGUAUGAUAGUUUCCUCUGCUUUGAUGAUAUGGAAAGGACUCAUGGUUGUAACAGGAAGUGAAAGCCCUAUAGUGGUGGUACUCAGUGGGAGUAUGGAGCCGGCUUUUUUCCGAGGUGACCUUCUCUUUUUGACUAACUACCAAGAGGAACCUGUGAGGGUAGGAGAAAUUGUUGUGUUUAAAAUAGAAGGCAGAGAAAUUCCUAUCGUUCACAGAGUGAUAAAACUGCAUCAAAAAGAAACGGGUGAAAUCAAAUUUUUAACAAAAGGUGACAAUAAUUCAGUUGAUGACCGUGGUUUGUAUGCACCUGGUCAGCUCUGGUUACAACGCAAAGAUGUAGUUGGUAGGGCUAGAGGUUUUGUACCUUAUGUUGGCAUGGUAACCAUAUUAAUGAAUGAUUAUCCAAAAUUUAAGUAUCUUAUAUUGGCAUGUCUUGGUCUAUUUGUGCUAAUCCAUAGAGAAUGACAUCAUCAAUGACAUCAUCAAGUCUACGCAGUACUUUGCCGUGAUUGGUCAACCUGCCAUGGAUUCAUUAUAAAGGAUGUGUGGAUAACAAUAAUGGAAGUUGUGGGGGGAGGGGGGGUCCUAAAUGACUGAGGAGCUGAAAACGAGUUUAGAUUCUAACCAAACAGGUUUUCAUGUUCAGGAGAUUUUAUUAAAUUUAAAUUAUGCUGACAUUAUUUUCUUAUUCAUAGAUGUAAGACAUCCAAGUCUGAUUAAAAUAAGAUUUUUGUUUUGACCUUUGAGUAUUUUUUUCGAUUCUAUUUACUUUUUGUCAUUUUAUUUUAUUUUGAAUGCCAUACAUAAAUCUGAUCAGCUCCCAAGGAGUCUCAGUCAAUCAAGUUUCAUAAUUUUUAACAACCAGUCAGAAUGCUCGUAUUGAACAGCAAAUCAAUGUGUAAUGUACAUUCUAGAAGUAAAAUGGUCUCUGAUUGGUUUAGUAAUUCAGUGAUCACAUGUAGUG